AAAUUAAACUGUUGUCAUUUAAGCUUCAAAUUACACACUGACAACGGAGAAGUACAGUUUAUUUCGCAAUCGUUAUGUUAACGUUUUCUCUUACAUGUAUGAAAGUUAUUUAGUUAUAAUUAAAAAUGGCUCUGCAAAGCUUGAAAGGUUUUUCUAAAUUGUUAAACAAAUGUUCGAAUCGUGUUUCAUAUUUAACUGUAAGAUGUGCAUCUCAAUAUUAUGACAUAGAUGAUAACAUAUUUGGAUUAAAUGAGGAUCAGGUUCAGUUGAGGAAGACCAUUUUCGAUUUUGCCCAGAAAGAAUUAGCACCUAAAGCAGCUGAAAUUGAUAAAAAUAAUACCUUUAAAGAACUGAGAGAGUUCUGGAGAAAAUUAGGAGACUUGGGAACACUAGGAAUAACUGCUCCAGCAGAAUACGGUGGAACAGAAGGCACAUAUUUAGAUCAUGUUAUUAUCAUGGAAGAAUUAUCAAGAGCUUCGGGAGCUAUUGCCCUCUCAUAUGGAGCUCAUUCUAAUCUAGCAAUAAAUCAAAUUCGAAGGAAUGGAACUGAUGAGCAAAAAGCAAAAUAUUUGCCUAAACUUUGUUCUGGUGAACAUAUUGGAGCCCUAGCAAUGUCUGAACCUGGUUCUGGAUCAGAUGUAGUAUCUAUGAAACUAAGAGCAGAGAGGAAAGGUGAUUAUUUUGUUUUCAAUGGAAAUAAAUUUUGGAUUACUAAUGGCCCAGAUGCUGAUACUUUAGUGGUUUAUGCACGUACCAAUCCAAAUGUAAAGCCUCAACAUGGAAUUACUGCAUUUAUUGUAGAAAAAGGUUUUGAAGGAUUUAGUACUGCACAAAAAUUGGAUAAACUUGGAAUGAGAGGCUCAAAUACUGCUGAACUUGUUUUCGAAGACUGUAAGGUUCCAGCAGCAAAUAUUUUAGGUGAAGAAGGCAAAGGAGUUUAUGUUCUUAUGUCUGGUUUAGACUAUGAGAGAUUAGUUCUUGCUGGUGGUCCUUUGGGGCUCAUGCAAGCAGCUUGUGAUAUUGCCUUUGAAUAUGCACAUACUAGAAAACAAUUCAAUACUCGAAUUGGUGAAUUUCAAUUAAUGCAAGGCAAAUUGGCUGAUAUGUACACUACCUUGAGUGCUUGCAGAAGUUACGUUUAUUCUGUAGCAAGGGCAUGUGAUGCAGGAAAAGUUAAUAGUAAAGACUGUGCUGGUGUUAUUUUGUACUCUGCAGAGAACGCAACACAAGUCGCAUUAAAUGCAAUCCAAGUUCUAGGUGGUAAUGGAUAUAUCAAUGAUUAUCCUACCGGAAGAAUUUUGAGAGAUUCCAAAUUGUAUGAAAUUGGUGCUGGUACAUCAGAAGUAAGGCGAUUAUUAAUAGGAAGAGCUCUUAAUAAAGAGUACAAGUAAACGAUUUAUGGAUAAUAUGUAAAUAAUUAUGAAAGUAUGUAUAUAGAAACUCUC